AUGGAUAGUGGGGCCAAAGGGGAUAGUGGGGCAAAAGAGGAAAGUGGGGCAAAAGUGGAAGGUGUUUCAAAAGUGGAUAGUGGGGCAAAGUGGAUAGUGGGGCCAAAGGGGAUAGUGGGGCAAAAGUGGAAGGUGUUUGAAAAUGGGGCAAAAGUGGAAGGUGUGUCAAAAGUGGAAAGUGGGGCAAAAGUGGAAGGUGUGUCAAAAGUGGAUAGUGGGGCAAAAGUGGAUUUUGGGGCAAAAGUGGAAGGUGUGUCAAAAGUGGAUAGCGGGGCAAAAGUGGAAGGUGUGUCAAAAGUGGAUAGUGGGGCAAAAGUGGAAGCUGUGUCAAAAGUGGAUAGAGGGGCAAAAGUGGAUAGUGGGGCAAAAGUGGAAGGUGUGUCAAAAGUGGAUAGUGGGGCAAAGUGGAUAGUGGGGCAAAAGUGGAAGUGGGGCAAAGUGGAUAGUGGGGCAAAAGUGGAUAGUGGGGAAAAAGUGGAAGGUGUGUCAAAAGUGGAUAGUGGGGCAAAAGUGGAAGGUGUGGCAAAAGUGGAUAGUGGGGCAAAAGUGGAAGCUGUGUCAAAAGUGGAUAGAGGGGCAAAAGUGGAUAGUGGGGCAAAAGUGGAAGGUGUGUCAAAAGUGGAUAGUGGGGCAAAGUGGAUAGUGGGGCAAAAGUGGAAGGUGUGGCAAAAGUGGAUAGUGGGGCCAAAGGGGAUAGUGGGGCCAAAGGGGAUAGUGGAGCAAAAGUUGAAAGUGUAG